AUGACGCGUGCGACGACGACGCCGUACCAGUACCAUCGCCGGCGAGCUUUACUAAUGCGCUUACUUUCGGUCAUCUUCUCGUUUGGCGCUCUCCGCGCGGCUGCGGCGACGUGCGAGAACGAGAUCGACUACGUCGCAGUUCGGGAGAGAUUGGUCGAGAAAAUCGAAACGGCACGCGUAAACUACGAGCCGUUCGCGCACGUGUUCAUGGAAAACGUCUUUCCCGAGGAGGUGUACGAUUGCAUUCUCGAGCAUCUUCCGACGCGAUUGGGGUCGUACAGACCGAUGGAGAAGAACAGAAAAAGACACUUCAUACCUCUUAUCGACAGACUUGGUGGCACACAGACGAAGGUGCCUUUUUGGAGCGAGCUCUCGAAGGUAACUCUGGGGUCAGACGACGUUCGCGACGCGUACGUGCGGAAGUUCAGAACGACGAUCGAGUCGAGAUUCAAAACGAAAGUGGAGACGGUGCUGAAGACGAUCCAACUCAAUCACCGUCUGGACCUGACUCGAGAUUUCCCCGGGUAUUCAAUACCACCGCAUACGGACACGAACGAUAAAGCGGUGACGAUACUGUAUUACUUGGCAAAGAAGGACGGGAAAUCGAAGACGUCGAUGGGAACGAGGACCUACGUCUCGAAGAAGAACGAAAGUGACGCGUGGAAAGAUGGUAUCGCGUCGGCGGCGAAUAACUUCAAAGGAUUUACGGAAGUCGAGAGCGCUCCUUUCGUGCCAAACGUGGUUUUCGCGUUUGCGCCGUGUUGGUCGAGUUGGCAUGGCGUGAAAAGCAUAGGAAAUAGCGAAAGAGAUACGAUUCAGGGAUUCAUCACAAUAGAGCAAUUAGCGAACAAGAAGGAAAAAAAAACACAUUUUUCGAGAACUUUGGAAGGAAAGUUGCUUGUAUCGCAAACCCAGACACAAAUUCCAUUGGAAUGGACGCCUCCCCUCCGCAAAUAUCUUCGGAGGCGGAGGAAGUUCUGCGUGAGAUGA